CCCAUCCUCCUUCUCCUCCUCCUUCUCCUCCUCCUGUUCUCCCCCGUAUGGCCGUUUAGUCUCAUCGACCCAGCUCCGGUCCCCACUACCCCCAGCCCCUCCCCAGUCACCUCACAUCUCAAGACAUCAAGAAGAAAGUCUCGGCCAGAAGACUCAGACACAAGUCCUUGGCUCAACCUCUUUCAGGCGUAUCCGAGACUCCCAACGGAGAAGGAAAUCUCGAGAAACCUGAUCUGAUUCAGAUCUCUGCCCCUUCUCACGGAUUCCGCUCGAUUCUUCCUCAUCUGACUCUUCCCUAUUUUCCUUUCAUUUGACUUUUUUAAAGAUAUAAAUAAAUAAUUCUCAUACACCAAUCACAGUUGUAAACUUUACACUGUUUUCUAUCCUCCACUCACUCUAUUGUUGUCCCUCUCUCUCUCUCCCUCUCUCUCUCUUCAUAGUCGAGAUUAUUUCUGCCUUUUUUCCCUUGCUAGCUUCCUUUUUUUUGUAUUGAGAACUGUCUUUUUUUUUUUUUCUUUCCUCCUCCAAACUCCCACCCCUUCUCUCUCUCUGUCUCUUUCUCCCUCCUUUUCUCCCUCCCUUCCCUCUGGAGUGAAUCCCCCUUGUUUUGUGCCAUGAUCCUCAUCUCACCCACUCGGACCCUGCCCUCUCCCCGUCCGAUCGAUACCGAUCCGAUACUAAACUACCGUCACAUCCAACCAGCCGCCGCUGCUGCCGCUGUCGGCCCCUGGCUUGGCCAGAAUCAGCACCACCACCACCACCACGACACACUUGCAAAAUCCCCUAAUAUAACAACAGCACCAGCAACCCACUCGCCGUCUGAGCUCUCCGCAUCCCCUGCUCCCUCUGCUGUAUCUACCGGGUCUUCUUUACUUGAUCCUCAAUCUGUCCCUCACAUUAAGAUACCCCACUCAAGCUCACCCCCGGCCAUCAUGUUGCCCCAGCCCAGCUCUGAUGAUGACUCGAGUACUGCAGAAGAAGAGCAGCCGUCCGCCCAAUCUUCUAAUGCGACCCUCAACACCCCCACUCCCCACACCAACGCCCCUCAUCAGCUCGACUCACACGCUUCCUCUGUUGGCCUCUACGACCUGCCUCCUACCUCGUCUUCAGCACCGACGACCUCCUCCUCUUCAUCCCCAUUCCCUUCGAAUGUGCCGUCUCAUCAGCAGCCUUCCCCCUACUCUUCGUCCCCACAUCCCAAUCAGGAACAUCAUCCUCAUCAUCCUCACCAUGGGAAUCAGUUCUAUCAGCAAUCUCCGCCAGCUCUUCAUUCCCCCUUGCAAUCAGCCCACCACCCUCAGCAGUCCUUCGACGCCCGCCCUCACUCGAGCUUGUUUGCUCAUCAGCAUUACCAUUCAAGGCCUCAAUCAGCCCCUCAUUCCACCUCACAAUUCUCCCUCGAUCCUCACGUCCUGGCUGCCGCUGCCGCCAACGUCGAGGUUAAAAAAUGGGAUGAGGAAAAUACUUAUUACUACCAGGUCGCCCACAAAGGUGUGACGGUUGGCAGACUUAAGGGUUCAGGAUUAGUGAAUGGCACUAAGCUUCUCAACCUUGCUGGUAUAAGCCGUGGGAAGCGAGACGGGAUACUGAAGAAUGAGAAAAUACGUAAGGUGGUUAAGCAUGGUACAAUGCAUUUGAAGGGUGUCUGGAUCGCAUUCGACAGGGCAGUCUUCCUUGCCGAGCAGCAUAGCAUCGCCGACAAGAUUUUUCCCCUUUUGGUUGUCAAUCUCGAGCACUAUGUGCCGAUCGAACCGCCUCUCAUGGCCGGCGGGACCAAGCUCGGACCCGGCUCACUGUUCCAUCACCAUCAUCCCCGCCAUCCCCGUCUGCUACCUCAACCGAUCAAGUUUCCUCCUUCGACAAUCAGCCUUGCACCGGCCAGCGCGAAUAGUUUCUCAUCAACCGGCGGGUGGCCCAGCGGGCCUUCUUCUGCCUUGCCAUCAAUAGGUUACAAUGAGCCGUUUUCUGCCCCGCCGAUCCCUCGCAGCGCCGCAACCGCCGACACUUCCCCCUCAAUUUAUGAACAAGCUCAGUUCCAGUACCUCAACUCUGCGCAAGCAAAUAAUCCAGACUUGCUGGAGAGGCGACAUACUCUUCCCAACAACAGUUUUCACGGAUAUAACUCUGUGCCUUCGUUUGGAUCGUCGCAGCCUCCGCCUCCAGUGUCGUAUUCAUUCCACUACAACUCCACCCAUGUGCCCGGGUAUCCACCACGCUCAUCGACCGCGGAGUCGGCCACGCCUAACCAGUUUGAAUACCAAUCCAAAAAUCAUAAUGGCAAUGGCAACGGCGAUGCCGCAGGCUCUUACCCCGCGACUCUCUACCAUUCUCAGCCCGCAGCACGUCCGGUAUCCUCGACUACCGCUCAACCAUCUCCAGCUCUCAACUCUGCCCCGCUCCUUCUCGGUGAUCUCUCGCCCGGUUCCUCUACCCAGAUUGUGGACCAUGGCGCUGGUGACUUCCGCUUAUCAACUGGAACCUCUAAUGGCCAGGUCAAACAAGAGGGCGAUGAUGAAAGCUGCAAUGAGAAGCGACUUAUCAUGGAAUGGAACCCGUCUUGCUAAGAGUCGGGGAUCAUCACAUUAUUACAAUUGACAAGGCCUGAGCAUUUUAUUAAGAUUUCAACCUGUCUUGAGACACAGUUACUUGUUUUUUUUUUAUAUUUCUUCUAGUAAUUCUAUUGAUUUUUGUUUUAUUUCAUGAUGAUUGUCUGACCACUUUUUCUUUUGCUAUCAUCUUGUCACCACUUUCUACUACUCUUGACCUUUGGCCUGAUCUUUCUUGAUUUUUCCAUUUUCCCCAAGUCUCCACAACAGCCCCAACUUGAUCUGAACUGACUCUUUCCUUUCAGGUUUCUAAAAUGAGUGUCUGUAAACUGUAGCUUCCAGGCUUCAAUACUAAUGGAUAAGAUCAAAGGACCAUCUCUCAUCCUUUUGUCAACCAACUCUGUCAUCAUCAACUUGUCUACAUUCAGGGAGAUUCUAGUCCAAUCAGACCCUGCCCUGAUUGUGUAGAGGCAUGAAGUUUUCUUGAAGAUUGGCUCAGAUUCAGGAACCUGUAGAUUUAUGGAACUGUCACUAAAUAUGAUUUCCAUAAUUUAGAAAUUUGUAAAAUUCAGGCAUCUGUGUUGGUUUCCCAGCUAGGGCAUAUAACAAAUGUGUGACAGGACUUGGAAAUAUUGGCACAGCUCUCCAACAUGUUUC